GUGAUCAUCCAAGAAGUGGCUACCAAAAAAGUCACCACUUUCUCUGAGGUCCUGUGGCUCUCUAUACUGGAAAUCACAGAGUGACACUGGCUGCAGCCAGCACGGAAGGGGCCCUGGGUUUGAAGGCUCAGGGGCCUGGGACAAUGAGAAGUGAGGCCCUUCUCUUGAUUCACUUCUGUUAGUGAAUCCUGGUAGUGGGAGUUCUUCCUAGGAUUCAUGGAGAAACUCCUGCUGCUCUUCUUUUUUUCCUGGAAAAAAGAACCCAUUUUUCCACUGGCAGAAAAGACUCCCACUGGUAACUUAAGAAAUCACAGGAUACACCUACAGAGGCUUUGUGAUUUCAUCCAGUUCCCAUGUCACCUCCGAGAGCUGUUCUCAGAUGAUCAACAACCCACAGCUAAUAUUUACUAAGUGCUUGCUCUUGAUGUCGAGUGACUGGUGCUCAGUAGACACUGGUUUCCUCCCUUCCUUCCUGGCUGCUUUGAAGAGAAUAACAGAGGAGAUCACCAAAGCUUCCCAGACCGGAGUGAUUUUUUUAAAUACCAAAGAAGAGCCAAGUUGCCCUGAAAGAUCAUGAACUUGUCAUCUGAGCACUGCAACAUAUCAGAUUGGCUGAGGCUGGAAGCAACAGUGAAGGCCUCUGUGUACAUGGUUGCCUUCUUCUUUACCACAUUUGUCACUGUCAUCAUCAUCACGAUAGUGUCCCAGAAUUCAAAGCUGAAGAAAGAGGUCCGAUACGUCCUCCUGUGCCAUCAUCUGCUGUGCAUCUCCUCCUACUGUGGCCUGGGGGUGGUUUUCCAAGGGAUGCGGGCUCUGCUGGCCAACAGCCCUGUGCUGAUGUGCUGGGUGGUAUUUGGGGUCCAGCUAAGUGUUGGAGAAGGGAUCCUCUUCACACUGGCCUUGAUGGCUGUCAACACUUACCUGGCCAUUUGCUGGCCUUUGAAAUCUCUGUCCUUUGUAGAUUCAGUUAAGUAUAGGAUUCUGGCUGGGUCUUGGAUAAUUAUUAUAUUCAAGAAUGUUUGCUUAUUCCUCAUAGAGGGCACUACCUCCACUCAGGUGGCUGUCUUAAAAUCUGAACCCCUUUGCCCUGUGAUCUUGAAUGGCUCUGCUGCCAGAGCCAUUGGCAUGGUUUUCCUUUUCUUUCUUCUGUUCAUCAUUCUUAUAAGUUACUCUCUGAUCUACCAAGAGGGAAAACGAGCUGGCCAUUUUAAUAGAUCAAAUAUCAAGGCAAGGAAAACAGUCCUUAUUCAUUUAGUGCAGAUGGGUUUACAUGUAAUACCAACCCUGGUAUUCAUAGGUUUGGGAAAGAUGUGUGGGGUGUUUUUCUUUGCUUUAAAUAUGGUGCUUUUUGGAGUCUUUGCAUUUGCCCAGUGUCUUAACCCUUUGAUCUAUGGGCUCUGGAAUAGAGAGCUGCAGAGUAAAUUGUACCAUUGGAUGUGCUGUCAGCUAUAGUGUGGUCACAUGAUGAACAACAGAGAGCCAGUUUAACCCAAAACUCAGUCAUUUUGAUCAAUAACUCUAGCCUUAAUGGACCAUCAGCUAGGCUUGAGGACUUGCUUUUUACUAAACCUAAAAUUGGUGCCUUGGUUUGAUGUUGAAAGUAAUAUGAAUAAAUCAGAGUAAUUCACCUGGCUUGCAAA